UCCCUCCUCAUUCUAGCCCCCUUGGAUGUAAAACCUCAGUCUCUCACUCGCAGAUCUUUCACUCACCCAAAACCAAGCUAGUCCGAGGAAGUCCUCUAUUCAGAACCAGAUAUGGAGACAAAACCCACCGAGAUCAGCAGCGGCAAGAUGUUCGGAGGCUACAACAAGAGGUUCAGACAUUUCAGCCCUACCCUCGGCUGCUCCAUGAACUUCCACAUCUACUUCCCUCCAUCUCCUUCUCCCUCUCACAAAUUCCCAGUCUUGUACUUUCUCUCUGGCCUCACAUGCACGGACGAGAACUUCAUUUUCAAGUCGGGUGCUCAACGCGCCGCUUCCGCUGAGGGAGUGGCCUUGGUUGCCCCCGACACUUCUCCAAGAGGCUUGAAUGUGGAAGGAGAAGCAGACAGCUGGGACCUUGGAGCAGGUGCAGGAUUUUAUCUCAAUGCUACACAAGAGAAAUGGAAGAAUUGGCGCAUGUAUGACUAUGUUGUCAAGGAGUUGCCAAAGCUUCUGAGCGAUAAUUUUCCACACCUUGAAACAUCAAAGGCUUCUAUAUUUGGUCAUUCUAUGGGUGGGCAUGGUGCUCUAACAAUCUACCUAAAAAAUCAGGAUAAAUAUAAGUCAGUUUCUGCCUUUGCUCCAAUAGCAAAUCCUAUAAAUUGUCCUUGGGGACAGAAGGCAUUCUCAAAUUAUCUUGGUGACAAUAAAUCUGAUUGGGAGGAUUACGAUGCUACUUGUUUGGUAACGAAGUUUCCCAAUGUUUCUUCCACCAUUUUGAUUGAUCAGGGGGAAGAUGACAAAUUUUUGCCUGAUCAACUUCUGCCUCACAAGUUUGAACAGGCUUGCAAAAAAGCCAAUGUUCCCCUACUGCUACGUUUCCAACCUGGUUAUGAUCACCUUUACUAUUUUAUAGCCACAUUCAUAGAUGAUCACAUCCGACAUCAUGCUCAAGCUCUUAAGUCUUAGUUAAGUUGUGUGCACUCUGAUGAGUGAUGAUCUAUAAGUAUUUUGUGAACUCUACUGAAUCCACUCAGAUGUUAAGUUGCUCGUGGUACCCUGGUUGUAUUUGAGUUUGGAAUGGAACUUCUUCCAUGUUAGUUUAAAACUAAUCCUUUUGUCUAUGAAAUAUAUAAUUUUUUUUUCUAAUGACAAAUUUAUCAUAGAUUGUAGUA